AUGGAAUCAGAUUGUGAUCCUGGAAUAAUGGGAGAGCCUGUUUGGAGUUUGGCCAUUGAUGUUGAGGAGGGACAAUUAUUAACAUCUGGUGUUGGUACUGGUCUUCCCUCUCUUAACCUUGUGCCAUUGAAUGUUCCAAACUCUGCUGACAGAUUAGCUGCCAUGUCUCCAAUUAAAACGAUUGAAACAGUGGAGACAAUUGUCUCAACCAACAUGGUUACCAUGUACAGUUAUGUGGAAUCACCUAGGUUAGGGAUGGUUUUUAAAUCUUUUGAAGAUGUAGAAACUUACUACAAAGAGUAUGCCGAGCAGAAAGGUUUUGGAGUAUCAAGAGUUUCAUCAAAUUUUUCUAAGAAGGAUAAGGAGCGGAGAGGGGCGACAUGGAGGUGUGAGUGUUAUGGUCCACCUGAUAUGAGGGCAAAGAGGGAGGCGAAGAAAAGGUCCAAGUCUAUGGAAGCUUGUGGCACAGGUGGAUUAGUGAAUGGUGAAGUUGGGGAAGAUAUGUUGCAGCGGGCAAAAAGGACCUCCAAGAAAUGUCUUUGUGGUGCCAUGUUAUACGCUGGGGUUGACAGUGAUGGGUUGUGGGUUAUUAGGAAAUUGCGAAAAGAACAUGAUAACCAUGCCCCUAUACCUAGUGAUGCUAAAUUGGUAAAGGAGUAUCGAAUGAAAAAUUACACAUCGAAUGUAAGGAAGAAACUGUUGAAUUUCUACGAAGAAGGUGUCCCCGUAAGGCAAAUACAUGGGUGUAUGGGUACUGAGACCGGGAUCGACAACCUCCCUAGUGUUAAGGACCUUGAACAUGAAGUGCAAAAGGAAAAGGUGAAGCGGUUGAAAAUGGAAGGUGGUGAUGCGGCGGCCAUGAUGGCGUACUUUGAUCGGAUGCAAGAGGAUAAUCAAAAUUUUUAUCAAGCACACCGCUUGGAUGAAGAGGGUCGUUUGAAGGACGUAUUGUGGGUUGAUGCUCGGAGUAGAGUGGCUUUUGAAGAUUUUGGUGACGUGGUUUGUUUUGAUGCCACAUAUCUCACUAAUGAGUAUGAGCUCCCUUUUGCCAACUUUGUAGGGGUUAAUCACCACCGGCAAUCUAUAUUGUUGGGGUGCGCACUCGUUUCACACGAGGAUUCAGACACAUUUCGUUAG